AUGGGACCAGCAGAGGCAGCCUCCUCACCCGCCUUUCCUGCCCUGGACCCCAUCAUCAUGGACGACGAGAUGGAGUCCGCCUUUCGUAAUGCCAACAUGGAUUUUCUCGACCCGACCAACCUCGACAUGCCCUCGGAGGCUGCAGGGGGGACUUUGACGACUUAUUCUCCCGAGUCGCCAACUCCCGCACCAGUGCCGCCCCCGAAUCUUCCAAACGUUAUCAAGACCAACACCCCUUGA